CACAAGCUCAAGUUGACCGGCAUCCUGCUCGCACUCUCUCCUCUAGCCAUGCUUGAUCUCUUCACCAUUGUCAAUCAGGGCGGUGUUGUUCUUUGGCAGAAACAGCUUUCGCCCGUUUCCAAUGCUGUUGUCAAUGGCUUAAUCACAGACAUCUUCAUUGCUGGCAGCUCUGCAAGCACAUAUGCCAAGUCAGGCUAUACUGUCAAAUGGACACACGCAAACGAGCUGGGUCUUAUUUUUGUCGUCGUCUAUCAAUCUCUGCUUCAACUUGGCUUUGUUGAAGAGUUCCUUGAUAAUAUGAAGCGGAUCGUCAGGAAGCUCUAUGCCACGGAGAUCAAGAAAGCGCAGACUACAGGCGCAGAUCUAACCAACAUUGUUGUUGAAUUCGACGUUUACUUUGAUCAACGGCUCCGUGACUUGGAAGCAGCUCCAGAGGCUCAGUCGCCGCCUCACGUUGCCCCGGAGGUUUCCAAGUCUCCACAGCCUCGUAUACUGACUGCUGCAAAACUUGUUGGCGGUCGUCGUGCGGCCACAAAGCGAGGUUCUGGCAGAAGUACGCCUGUGAAUGGCAACACAAGUAGCGUACCCACAUCAGAUGACGAAACAACCAAACCAAAGACAAAAGCCAAAGUACAGCGUAAAUGGAGGGCUGAUGGCACAUUGGAUGAGUCUGGGACAGAGGUGCUCGAUUUCAGUGUAGGGGAUUCUGGCGAUGUGAACACAAACAUUGCGACAGAUGUCUCUGAUUUUGUUGGCAACGAUGCAAUGCAAAAGACGAAACAAGGGCAGAUGGUCAUACAAGAUCUCGGUGAGAUGCUGGCACAAGAAACUCCCGAGGCACCCAAGACGGGCGCCUUUUCGUUCUUCUCCAAGCUUGUAGUGGGCAAGACAUUGACCGCCGAGGACCUCGACCCAGUGAUGGAAAGCAUGCGUCAGCAUUUACUGGCUAAAAAUGUCGCCAAUGAAGUGUGCGUCGAUCUCUGUGCGUCAGUCAAGACGUCUUUGGUAGGGCAAAAGACUGGCUCAUUCGGCAAGACGUCAACAAUGGUUCGCACUGCCAUGGAGCAGGCUCUCAAACGCAUCUUGACACCAACAACGUCGCUUGAUUUGCUCAAUGAAGUCGCGCGAGUCAAUACAAGCGAGAAGCGGCCUUAUACAAUGUCGUUCAUCGGCGUCAAUGGUGUUGGCAAAUCCACCAAUCUGUCCAAAAUUGCGUACUGGCUGCUUGGCAAUAAGCUGCGUGUCUUGAUUGUUGCAUGCGAUACAUUCCGUUCUGGUGCUGUUGAGCAGUUGCGUGUGCAUGUCACUAGACUGCGUACAUUUAUUGAAAGUCAAGGCCGUUCAGGAGAUGGCGUCGAGCUGUUUGAACGUGGCUACGGCAAGGAUCCGAGCAGUAUUGCCAAUGAUGCCAUCACCUAUGCAAAGAAGAAUGGUUUCGAGGUGGUGCUUGUCGAUACAGCUGGCCGACGACACAACGAUGCAAGGCUCAUGUCUGGUCUUGAACGCUUUGUCAGUACCGUCAAGCUUGACAAGGUCUUUCAGGUCGCCGAGGCACUUGUAGGCACUGAUUCAUUGUCGCAAGCAAGACACUUCAAUGAUGCCCUUGGACCGAAACGCAACCUGGACGGUUUCAUCAUCUCCAAGGUAGACACUGUUGGCGAUUUGGUAGGCACGAUUGUCUCAAUGAUUUACGUCACGGGCGUGCCAGUGCUCUUUGUUGGUGUCGGACAAAUGUACACAGAUUUGCGAGGCUUGUCAGUCUCUUGGGUCUUGCAAAUGCUGAUGCAAUGA